UAUGCGGCUGCCCCUUUCCGCUAUCUCUCAUUCCAAUUCUGAACCGUAACCUAUGCAAUCUGCCCUUAAAUUACCAUAGUUUUCUCAAUCGAUAGGUCAUAUCUAUGGAGGAGAAAGAAUCGGCGAUUUCAGGGCCGUAUGAAGAAUUUCGGAUCUGUUUUUGUGGGAAAAUCCCUUCAGGAUCUGUAGAGUGGUACUUUAUUGAUGUCUCGGUCGAAGAGGCAUGUCUUUCUGAGAAAACGGAGAGCAGCACAAGGGAGCCCACCCGGUUUUCGGUAGCCAAACAUUUGCCAUCCUAUGCAGCCUUAGGCGGCCUUAUUUAUUCUCUUGGUGGCCAACGUCGCUCUUAUGGUGGUGGCGAAACUCUCCUCAACGAUGUGUGGGUACUAGACUUUAAAUCUCUUGAGGAUUUGAAGCCUGGUUCUAUACCCCCCCCACUCUCACUCUUACCCUCACUCUCAUCCGAACUUAGGGUUGAGGAUCGGGAGCCUACAGGUGUUGGUGACGAUAUUGCGGAAACUAAACUAGUGCCUGGACGGAAGCCUGGUUCUGGUGAGGCACAGUCACAGAAAUCACAGAAAUCAUCUUCGGUGAAUCUCGGUGGUCAAGAGAAUCUCGGUAGUCAUGAUAUCUUGACUGGUUCUGGUGAGGCACAGUCACAGAAAUCAUCUUCGGAGAAUCUCGGUGGUCAAGAGAAUCAAGAGAAUCUCGGUAGUCAUGAUUUCUUGACUGGUUCUGGUAAGGCACAGUCACAGAAAUCAUCUUUAAGGGAUCUCCCUCUCCGCAAGGACAUAACCGCGCUCCAGCUCAAGCCGCUCGAGCGGCUCGAGCACGCGCUCGAGCUCAUGCAGCUCGAGCAGCGCGGGCUCGAGCAGCGCUUGCGUGCCAAGCUCGAGCAGCGCGAGCACCGCCAGCUCGAGCUCCAGCUCAGGCAGCUCAAGCUCAAUUAUCGCAAGCUCCAGCACGAGCGCUAUUGUCUUUUACUUCCCAUUGAAAUCUACAGUUAUAUGGAUGUUGUUCCAGCAGCUAGUGUUGAGGAUUGGAAGCCUGGACUUCCAAUGAAUUUUGCCAGAUACAAUCCUCACACCAUGGUUGUUGAUCACAAGUUAUACGUUCUUGGCGGUUUCCAACCGAAUCAAAAACAAGAUGAUGGCUGGAUAGAGGUUUUUGACCCAGAAGAGAAAAAGUGGGAAUCCUUACCCGGUCCUCCCGAUCAAAUUCAUUCCUCUAUUAUGAUUUCUGGUCUUCUCAAGUCCAAAAAAGAGAUUAUUAUAGCUAAACAACGUUGGGAUUGUCAUCCUUCGUUAUUUUAUAGCUAUAAUAUAACGACUCGUUGUUGGAAUGAGUUAAGCCUUCCCUCCGAUAGCAAGGCAAGUGUUCACUCAAACGUUGAAAGAGCUGUAAUUCUUCCCCCAAAUAUUGGGAGAGCUGUAACUGUUGGUAAUACUCUCUACUGGAUUUCCACUGAAGAAGAUAAUGAUGAAUGCACAAUACGCGCCUACGAUUUGGAUAGGAAUAUGUGGUUCGAGGAUCAUCUGAACACAGCCAAAAUUUUUGGGAGGCGCGAAUAUUUUAGUAGUAUUUAUUCACGUGGUCCUGGUUUUCUUCAUUUAAUUGAUCAGAAAUUCUGCCUUCUCUUGCAGUCCUCCGUCAAGAAGAAGGACCCACAAUUGUCUAUCGAAUACCUUUAUUGUGUCAUACUUGACAUUUCUCCAAUAUAUGAUCAGGAGGACGAGGACUGGGGCAAGUUUGAGUUGAGAACUGUGUCGACCCAGAAAUAUUCCAUGGAUCAGUACAUUGACUUCUUGGAUUGCAUGUUGCUAGAUAGGGUAUCUGGAGUCAAAUCCGUUGAUCGCAGAGGACAAUCUACAAGCACCAACAUCAGUUUCCAGGAGACUGAGAGGAGAACUAGAGCAAAAAUACGUUGAUCACGGAGGAUCCUCUACAAGUAUAAAGUCAUCAUCCCUGAAGGACGACUCCCAACUCUAUCUUCCCUUGGAAGGGCAUUUGGACAGCAAAGGCUCCCGAAAGGGUGGCUUUUUUUCUAUGGACGGCAGCUCAUGAUCGCAUUCUUACAUUGGAUAAUUUCAUGCUUAGAGGUUGCCCUUUGGCAAAUCGGUGUUGUAUGUGCCAGUGCAGUGGGGAAUCUGUGGACCAUCUCCUUAUUCAUUGUCAUGUGGCGAAUUCUUUAUGGGUUUUUAUGCUUCAGGCUUUCGUUAUUUAGUGGGUCUUGCCUAGCGCUAUGACGGAAUUAUUAUUUUGUUGGAAUCAAUGGCUUGGGAAACAUGAUUUAGAUAUUUGGAAUUUAAUUCCAGGAUGUUUGAUGUGGACUGUAUGGAUGGAGUGUAAUCGUCGGUCCUUUGAAGAUUUUGAGAAGUCUUUGGUUGAGUUAAUAGGCCUGUGCCAGUGAAGUCUUUUUGAUUGGUCUCGGUGCUGGGGUUUUACUGAGUGUUUUUCUAUUGUUCAGUUUUUUUCUUCUCUUAGUUUAGUCUCUUGAUUGUUUUCUGUGGUGUUCUGUUUUGUACUUCGCUGUGUUCAUUCUCAUGAACACAUUGUAUGUUUCUUUUUCCAUUUUCAUCAAUAAUAAUUCUUAUAUUACCUAUCAAAAAAAAAAUAU